UAUUGUCUGGUAUUUAUUAUGGCGCAGAAUAAACGCUAAAUGGAAAGGUGCUUGAUAUUGUGGAGAAUGAUGUCGCCUGAGUUUAAGGCAUAUGUGAAAUUGAAACUAAAACGCAGACUGAAAACAGCUGAAACAAUCCAUUCCGUGGAAAGAUCUCCGCGAAUUCGCGGGUUUGACAUCGCUCACCUUUUAAUUAAUAUGUUAUAGAUUAAAAAACAAUUAUAGACGACAAAAAUUAUGCUUAGAACGUGCGUGUUCGCUAUGGCUGUAGGUCUAUGCAUUGACAUAACCACAUUUUGCGCCACGGGUUUUGGCGCAUCUAUUUCCAAAACUGGACCACUAAGUUUUGACGUUUUCGGAAAUCUGGUGCGUCUGUGGGUUGUAGCGGUGAUUCGAUUAGUUAUACUAUUUGGUGUAUCGCUACUCACACUAGGAUCGAUUAAACCCGUAUUGAAGCGCUGGUUAGCAGUGCACUGUUUCCUUGCCCCGGUCUACGAGACCGGGCAACUGAUGCUGCAUGGCAGUUCACCGGAGAGCACGUAUGGAUCGUUGGGGGGUCCAAGUUUGUGGCUAUUGUGUACCGCGGCAGCAGCUGCAGCAGCUCUGUUUUGGGAGAAAACCUUCCCUGACAGCAACGAAGAAAGUAACGGGAAAGAGAAGACACAGAAGGCGCGAGUGCUGUUCAUGAGAGUCCUCUACUUCUACAGACCUGACACCCUCCUUUUGGUUGGAGCGUUUAUAUUCCUGUCACUGGCUGUGCUCUGUGAAAUGUUCAUCCCAUUCUAUACAGGAAAAGUGAUUGACAUCUUGGCUUCCCAGUACAAGUGGAAUGACUUUCUCACAGCUAUCAUCCUCAUGGGGCUCUACUCUUUGGGAAGCUCUUUCAGUGCCGGCUGUCGUGGAGGCCUCUUCAUGUGUGCCAUCAACAGCUUCACCUCUCGAAUGAAAGUAGAGCUGUUUGGGGCCCUGGUGAAGCAGGAGAUCAGCUUCUUUGAGACCAUCAAGACAGGUGACAUCACGUCCAGGCUGUCCACAGACACCACUAAGAUGGCCCGGGCGGUGGCCCUGAAUGUCAACGUCCUACUGAGGACCCUCAUUAAGAUUGUGGGUAUGCUGUCGCUCAUGAUGAGCCUGUCCUGGAAGCUCACUCUGCUCAUGCUGAUGGAGACGCCCGUCACCGGCCUGCUGCAAGGCGUCUAUGACAACUAUUACCUGAGGCUCACUAAGGAGGUGCAGGACUCCAUGGCCAGGGCGAACGAGGCAGCGGGGGAAACAGUAGCAGGAAUCCGGACCGUGCGAAGCUUUAACACAGAGCGGAGUGAGGCUGGUCAUUAUGACCACAGGUUGAUGGACACCCACAAUCUCAAGACCAGGCGGGACACCGUCAGGGCAGUGUACGUGCUCCUGAGAAGACUAACAGCGCUGGUAAUGCAGGUGGCCAUGCUGUACUAUGGCAGACUGUUUAUCCAGCGAGGUCAGAUGAGCACUGGGAACCUGGUCUCUUUCAUCCUCUACCAGUCUAGCCUGGGAACCAACAUCAGGACAUUGAUUUACAUCUUUGGCGACAUGCUGAACUCGGUGGGGGCGGCUGGUAAGGUGUUUGAGUAUCUGGACAGAGAGCCCCAGGUCAGCACCAAGGGGACCCUCCAACCAGAGAACUUAACUGGACACGUCCACUUCCACAACCUCUCCUUCUCCUACCCCACCCGCCAGGAGCGCAAAGUACUGCAGGGCUUCUCUCUGGAGCUGAGGCCGGGUCAGCUGACUGCUCUGGUGGGGCCGUCAGGAGGGGGAAAGAGCACCUGUGUUAGUCUGCUGGAGAGGUUCUAUCAGCCUCAGCAGGGAGAGAUCUUAUUGGAUGGACAACCACUGCACAGCUACCAGCACCACUACCUACACAGGAAGGUAGCCAUGGUGGGCCAGGAACCUGUUCUGUUCUCUGGGUCCAUCAAGGACAACAUUGCCUACGGCCUGGCAGACUGCUCUUUGGAGAGGGUGCAGGAAGCUGCUCGCAGAGCCAACGCCCACAGCUUCAUCAGCCAACUGGAGAAGGGUUAUGACACAGAUGUAGGAGAGCGCGGUGGUCAGAUGUCCGGUGGUGAGAAGCAGCGUAUUGCCAUCGCCAGAGCUCUGAUCAGAGAGCCACAGGUCCUCAUCCUGGACGAGGUCACCAGCGCACUGGACACUGAGAGCGAACACAUGGUCCAGGAGGCCCUGGCUAGCUGCCCCUCCCAGACCCUGCUGGUGAUUGCUCACAGGCUGAAGACCAUCGAGAGGGCAGAUCAGAUCAUUCUGAUUGACCAGGGAACCGUCCUGGAGCAGGGCACUCACCAGGAGUUGAUGGACAGGAAGGGGGGCUACUACAAACUAAGAGAGAGACUCUUCACAGAAGACGACACGUCACAUUGACCAAAGAAAUCCUACUGUUUGAACUGUAAAUAUUGAUGUCAUUUUCUCACUUUCACUCUGACCAAUACUCACAACCUCCCAAUAUACUAUAAAUUACAUGUACAUCAAAAAUGUAUUUAAAUAUUGAAUAUAGUUAGGUAUAUAUUUUUACUUCAUAGGAGAUGGACACUUCUGUUUGUGACAUUUUAUUAUGUUGUAUGACUCUAGGAGUGGUUUUUAUUUUAUUUUAUUGUAUUCUUACUAUUCUUCUAUUUCUUAAUGUUUGAUGAAGAAAUAGAAGGGCAAUGAGUGACCCACAUUAUAAAACCAUUUAUGAUGUUCUGGAGCAAAGGUCUCUUAUGUUGUCUAACCAAGGGAAUAAAUUAUCUAUUAAACAUUUUAACCUCUCGCUAAA